UGGGUUACUCUAAUUUGUGCUUUUGGUUCUUGAAUUUUGGGUAGCCCGUGAGUUUCUCCCCUGCACUGCCGCCGGCCUCCUCCUCCCCUGCAGCUCCGGUUUCUACAGCUGGAGAAUUAUGGAAGUGAAACCAAGGACGAGAAAACCACGGGAAGUGACGAGUUAGAAGGCUAGCCAUUUUGUAAAUUGAGCAUAGAUUUAGAAACGAAUCAUGAUCUUGUAUUUGGAGAUUUUAUGAUAUCAGAGAGAAUUUUAUAAUUUGAUCUUUAGAUUUUGGUGGUAUCAGAGUGUGAUGUGAUAAGUUUCGAACCUUGUGCAUUUGUGGGACCUGUCUCACGAGUACACGGCGUCUGUCGCGUCUCGAAUUUGGGUUUUGAGGUGUGACACUUAUGAUAAUGUUUCCAAAUAUUAUAGUUUUCAGUUUUUAUACUCCUAAUUGUUGUAAAAUGUGGAUGGAUAGGAGCAUGGAAUUGAGAACAUCUCUUCAUACAAGUUUAUUGCCUAUUGGGUCCAUUAAUAUAGGAUUGUCUCGGCAUCAUGCUUUACUUUUCAAGGUAUUGGCUGAUAAUAUAAAGUUACCUUAUAGACUCGUAAAAGGCAGUCGUUACACUGGGGUUGAGGAUGAUGCUGUAAACAUGGUUGAUCUCAUGGCAGCUCCUGGGACACUUAUAACUGCUGAUAUUUUCAGUGCAAAGGAUACCACUUUGAAGUCAUGUAAUCCAUCACUAAGCAUAAUCCUGACUAUUCAGUUUUCUGAUGAUGUUGGAGGUGUUCACCCGAGAGCCAAAUUAAAUGGUCCAAGUCGUGACUCUGCUGUUGUCACUUCCAUAAUAUCUAACAAAAUGUCCCCUAAUCAGUUGGAUCAUCUUCCUUCUACUGUAAUUGGAGCUUCACUUUAUAAAGGGGGUCGUGGGACCAAUCCUACAGUUGACAGUGAAAGGAUGAACCUCAAUGUGGUCCCAUACAGUCAGAGUAUUAAGGAUGAGUCUAAAAACCUUUUUGCAGAUCUUAAUCCUUUCCAGAUAAAAGGGACAGAUAAAACUUACCUGCAGAACAAAUCUACCGAAAGCAAAGUUGAUGACCUUCAAAGCCAAAAAAUGAAUAUUGUCAUCAGUUGCCCCCCUGUCCCAUUAUGGAAGAAUCGGUCCACUUACAAUGAGAUCCCUAAGAAAAAGGAGUACAAUUACGUGGAUGGUCUAUUUCCCAAAAUCAAUCGUGAGUCUUAUGAGUUCCAUCAAUCAGCAUCAGCUUCAACCAGCUCAACAAAAUCUGAGAAGGUCCAUCCUCCUGGUUUCAAGUUAUCGGUUCAAUAACGCACCAAUGGUUCAGGAUG